GGCGUAUGCGCGCAUUCGUUGUGUGAAUGUCGAGAUUAGCUAUCAUAAUGUCACGUGUCUCUGUCCCGACUUCAUUUUUGUUUUAUCACGUGAAAAGGAUGAAAAAAAUUAACUUCGUCGUGAAGUCUUGCUGAGCAAUUUACGAAGAAGCAGUAAAUACGAAGGAUUUGUAGAAGCUUGUAUUUCCCGAGAGCGAUGAAUGCUGCAAUUGCAUUGUGCACCUUCUGUGAAAUACAUGGACCUAAAGUGAUAUUUACCACACAAACUUAUCGUAACUAUGAUACACAGAAUACAGAAAAACUAAAAUUUUAUGGACCUAAAGAAGUGUUGAGACAAAGUCAUGCUAUCUUGGAGGAUGGACAAGAUGAAUGCGAGGGCUGUCAAAGUAUUGGGAAUGUUAAAUAUUUAAGUAAUGAGCAUGAAACAAGAACAUCUUUUUUGUCUGCUCAGCAAUCAUUAAUGCAAGAUAUAGGAAAUCUGCUAAAGCAUGCUUGCAUUAGGAGUCUAAGUUGUGAAGUGCAUCCUGGUAAAGAAGGUGUUUGCUACUUUGGAGAUGAGUACAGGGGGCAUGUUUUAAGUCAUACUUUUACAUUGAAAGAUGCCCAGGCAAGAGGAUUUAGAAGAUGGUGCAGUUUUAUCGUUUUUAUGAGAGAUAAACAAUUCUUGUUGAACAUGUGGCCAUUUUUGAUUGACAAUUUAAAAGAGGUAAUUAGAGAACUACAAGAUUUUGCAGAGAGAAGAUAUAAUGUGGAAGAAGCAGAAUGUCCGCAAAGGGCAAUGAGAUUGACAGCAAACGGUGGAAUGAGCUGUCAUAGUACUUCUAUUAAACAAUCUAGAACACUUACCGAUAUAACAAAUGAGAAGCAUGUUUUUGUAAGAAUUCACAUGUGGUUAGUGUGGAUCCUUAGUGCUGGUGCGAGACAUUUUAUAGAAAUUUUCCCAAUGAGUUUAUUAGAUGAUGAACUUAAUUAUAAUUUUGAACAUCAAAUUGAAACUGAAGAAGGUUUUACUUUAUUGAACGCAAAAUUGCCAGUAAAUUUUAAUUUUAACUGGGAUGACUCUGAGCUUUCGCCGGAAUUUUCUGAAAUUGCAGAAAGAUCUACUGCUGUAAUUUUACGAAAUCAAUUGCUGUAUUCCUGUUUAACUGGUGUUCAAAUCUUGGUGAGAGGCCCAAAGAUUCAAAGAUUGGAAUCUUUGUAUGGACUUAGCAGUCUUGUUCCAAGAGCGUGUCGACGGGUAAAUACACAAACAUUGGAAUACAUGGAUCCUGACACAUGUAACUUUAUCGGUGUAGAUACUUCAGUAGCAGUUCCCUUACCUUGUACAACUGUAUGCAGAUUAGAUAUAAUACUUAAUGAACACAAAGUUGAGAAUGCAAAAUCCCAUAUAGUUAAGUGGACUGGUUCUUUACCAACAAAACUUCCGACCCUGUUAACAAAAAUUGAAAAAUCACUCGAUAAUGAAAAACUUGGAAACUCUGUUCUCAAAGCACACUUUGCAACUCUUCAGGAAGAAUGGGCCAAUAUUGCAAAAGUUGUUCAUGCAAUGCGUGGACGAGGCCAUCGUGGCGAUCUCUCUGGACUUAUGCUCAGUUUGGGUGCUGGACCUCAGGACAAAAAGUUGCUGGACGCAUGGUCCAUGGGAUUACCAUCUAACCCAGCAUAGUUUAUAAAAAUUAAUAUUUUUAUUGUACAUGUUUUAUUGUAUAUUGUUGGAUGUAAUAUUUAU